AUGCGCCUUUCCAAAGCCCUAAUAGACAUGGAGAUGGCAGAUUAUAGCGCGGCGCUAGACCCGGCGUAUACCACUCUGGAGUUUGAGAACAUGCAGGUGCUGGCUAUGGGCAAUGACACGUCUCCAUCAGAAGCAGCCAACCUCAACACUUCCAACAGCAUUGGGGUGAGCACACUGUGUGCCAUCUGCGGGGACCGCGCCACGGGGAAGCAUUACGGGGCUUCCAGCUGUGAUGGCUGCAAAGGCUUCUUCAGGAGGAGCGUCCGGAAGAACCACAUGUACUCCUGCAGGUUUAACAGGCAGUGCGUGGUAGACAAAGACAAAAGAAACCAGUGCCGAUACUGCAGGCUUAAGAAGUGCUUCCGAGCAGGAAUGAAGAAGGAAGCUGUACAAAAUGAACGGGACCGAAUCAGCACCCGCAGAUCAAGUUACGAAGAUAGCAGCUUGCCCUCCAUCAAUGUCUUACUGCAGGCAGAAGCCCUGGCACAACAGAUCUCAUCCCCGGUUCCUGUGAUCAACGGAGACAUCCGAGGGAAGAAGAUUGCCAACAUCUCUGACGUGUGCGAGUCCAUGAAGCAGCAGCUGCUAGUGCUGGUGGAGUGGGCCAAGUACAUCCCUGCCUUCUGCGAGCUGCCUCUGGACGACCAGGUAGCACUGCUGCGAGCACAUGCAGGAGAACAUCUGUUACUGGGAGCUGCCAAGAGGUCCAUGGUGUUCAAGGAUGUCUUGCUGCUAGGAAACGACCACAUCAUCCCACGGAACUGCCCCGAACUGGUGGAGGUGAACCGUGUGGCCAUCCGCAUCCUGGAUGAGCUGGUCCUCCCCUUCCAGGAGCUGCAAAUAGACGAUAAUGAAUAUGCCUGCUUGAAAGCCAUCAUCUUCUUCGACCCAGAUGCCAAAGGACUGAGUGACCCCUCCAAGAUCAAGCGGAUGCGGUACCAGGUGCAGGUCAGCCUGGAGGACUACAUCAACGACCGGCAAUACGACUCACGGGGCCGCUUCGGGGAGCUACUGCUGCUGUUGCCUGUGCUGCAGAGCAUCACCUGGCAGAUGAUAGAACAGAUCCAGUUUGUCAAGCUCUUCGGCAUGGCUAAGAUCGACAACCUGCUGCAGGAGAUGCUGCUGGGAGGCUCAUCAAGUGAAACGCCGCAUGCUCACCACCCCCUGCACCCUCAUCUGAUCCAGGAGAACCUGGGAACAAAUGUCAUUGUGGCCAACACAAUGCCUCCUCAGAUGCACAAUGGGCAGAUGUGUGAGUAUUGCCAGAGAGACGGAGAGGUAGCUACUCCAGAAACCCCACAGCCAUCUCCACCUGCAGGCUCAGGACCAGAGCAAUACAAGCUGCUGCCCGGAGCCAUUGCAACCGUGGCAAAACAGCCCACCUCCAUCCCGCAACCUGCCAUCACAAAACAGGAGGUCAUCUAG